AUGGAUCAGCUUGACCAGAACUUGCAGCGACCGUCAGGUAGGCAGCUGUCAAGCACACAACUGGGAACCGGAUCUUCUCCUACCUUUUCACCGUCGACCAAUUCAACUCCUCCUCCAUCUCCAAUCUCAACCGCCGGCCCGGCUGUCCUCUCCUCUUCUGUCUGCCUACCUCAUCUUCAAUCUCAAUUGCAGGCUCAGACGACACCGGCUAAGCAAGCCUCUCAAAUCCCCGUCAGAGAGACACUUGCCGACAGAGCAUUAGGCAAGACGACAGAAUUUCUACCUUCCAAUUAUUCCGCCACUUUUCAGUCAACAUCACCGAAUGUGGAAGGUACAGCGACGAUUCCGUUUGGUGUGGAGUCGAGCCUUAAGGAGGGCAGAAUGGUUCAGAUUAAUCAGCCACCCGAAGCUGGAGACAAAAUGAUGUGCAAAAGGAGUACAGCCAACCAAAUGUCCAAUUAUGCCACACCCGCUUCGUGCACAGGCCUCCGAGAGGCGGCAGAUCCGAACAGAACCGCUGAAACAGUGCCUCGACGGCGGCGCAUUCUGCCAGACAACCCGCCCCAGCGACAAGGCUUUUCAGGCAAUCUGACAUUGAGCUAA